CCUUGGGUAAACAAGUUCUCUAGAACACCACUAGAACGGAAGUACCUUGCUUGCAGUUGCAGUUCAGCAAACCCACAGUACCCAAAAACCACACAGAAUGCAGAUCUACCUGAGGACACUGACGGGCCGCACCAUCGUCCUGACCGGACUGGCCGAGGACGAAACCGUUGACAGCGUGAAGAAGAUGGUCGAAGCCCGGGAGGACGUUCCGCCGAAUUACCAGCGGUUAAUCUUCUCCGGCAAACAGCUGGAGGAUGGCCGCACCCUGGACGAGUACAACAUCAUCAAUCGGUCCACGUUGCAUCUGGUGCUGCGCCUGCGAGGAGGCCAGUAAGCCG